AUGAAUAACAACAACAAGAUCUUCCAGUUCAAGCUUGUAUUGCUUGGAGAGGCUGCUGUCGGCAAGUCAUCACUUGUGCUGCGAUUCGUACGUGGACACUUUUUAGAAUAUCAAGAGAGUACUAUAGGAGCUGCAUUCUUGGCACAGACAGUAUGUUUAAAUGACACUACAGUGAAGUUUGAGAUCUGGGAUACUGCCGGACAGGAGAGAUAUCACACUCUUGCACCUAUGUACUAUCGUGGUGCUCAGGCUGCCAUUGUUGUUUAUGAUAUCAGAAGCCAGGACUCAUUCGAGAGGGCGAUCAAGUGGGUGAAGGAGCUACAGAGACAGGGCAGUCCAAACAUCGUUAUUGCUCUAUGUGGUAACAAGCUGGACUUGGCAGCCAAGCGUAAAGUUGAAACAGCCGAGGCACAACAAUAUGCAGAGGAGAACGGACUCUUGUUUAUGGAAACAUCAGCCAAGACUGCUCAAAACGUUAAUGAACUCUUUGUAGAAAUAGCCAAGAAACUCCCUAAAACGCCAAACCCAAGACCUGGCUCGGGAAGACUUCCAAUAGCCCCAAUCGACAAUAACAACCCAAAGAAGAAGCCAUGCUGCAACUGA